AUGGUGAUAAGACCUGGCCUGCUUUAGCUUAAGCGAGAAAAUGCCGUUGAGUGCAGAUAAGACUGUAUUUUCGUGUGCUCUGGAAGGCGAUGUGGAAGGUCUUAAAGAUUUGAUAGAUAAUGGUUGGACUCAUGAAGCAACGCAGAAUAUUUUGAGAGAAACUGAUGUCGGUGGAAGGAACGCUUUGUCCGUCGCCUGCAUGCUGGGCAGAAGCGGCGUUGUGCGAAACCUUGUAGUGAAGAGCUGCACAGAUGUGAACGAUCCAACGACAAGAGGGUACUCACCAUUACAUUACUCUGCCAUGUGGGGUCAUCUGGACACAGUGAUGACCCUGGUUGAGCUUGGCGCUGAUUUGCAAGCAGUCAAUUUCUGUGGAGAGCGAGCCAUUGACAUAGCCCGUCGCUAUUCCAAGUUGGACUGUGUCCAUUUUCUUGCUUGGGCUGAGGCCAAGCAAAGCUUGCAGACAUCCAUAACUCGAGUGAAAGGCAUCCUAGCAGAUCCAGAGAAAGUUCAAGGAAAACUCAACAAGGAGGACAAGAACAUGUGUGUAAAUACCUGCACUGUAAAAUUAGACUGGAUUCAGAAUGUCAAAAAUCCAACAAUUCAAGACUUUACAGAGCAGAAACAACACCUUGAAGAUGUGCUUGCUCCCAUCAUGACCAAGCUGACAGCACAAAAUUAGUCUGUCAUAUCUUGGAGGAUGUCAAGAUCUUUGGGAGGCUGGGAGGGAGACGUCUUUGGAGCAGGUGUGGGCACAUCUCCACUGGUCUUCUUCCUCUGGGCUCUGUGACCUACUGAAAAAAGAGAACUUUUUUCCUUCAGUGAUUUAAUGAAAACUGCAUUUAAUGUUUAUUCUGGUUGUCUGUCUUAUUAAAUUUUGUUGGAAGGUCUGACACGUGACAAACGUGACAAAUAUGUAAAAAUAGAAUAAAGAGAUAAUUAUUAAAUCACAUCAAGUCAUUUGUGCUGUCACAGAUUCUCCUUUUGUCCAUCUGAGACUAUCUGCUUUUUGCCAUCAGUGGAAGCCAUGUGCCUUUUUGUUUUCUUGUGCCACGCGCUUUUGUUGUUGUUCUGUGUCUCCUCCCUGGUCCUGCCCCCUUGUUAUCUUUUCCACCUGUCUCUGCUAAGCCCCUCAUUAGACCCAGGUGUUUCUCAUUUCCCCUCUGUGUAUUUAAACCUUUCUGUUUGUUCAGUCUCUUUCUUGCAUUGUGGAUGUACUUGUAGCUGUUAUCUUGUCAUGGGCCUCUGGACUCUAAUUUCAAUAAAAGCAACUCUCAUUUGCAUGCCUCCACCAUUACAGAAUGCAAGACCACAAAGUGAAGCAGAGAGUUUGAAGGAUUGUAUUCAGUAGAAUGAGGUCAGUCUUCAGGAACGUUACCAUCUGCUUUGUCGGCUUCAGUUGUUCCCUGAUAAGGAGAAAAAAAAAGCUUGCUCUCCACUCAUCCAGCAGCCAUGGAUGUCGCUGCAGGCCCACCUGCCUCAGAGGACGUCGCUGCAGGCCUGCCUGCCUUCGUCUUUUGUUCAAACCUGUUACUCUAAACUCUAAUUUCAAUAAAAGCAACACUCCAUUGGAUCCCACCCCUACCAUUAUGCAUGCAAACAAUUAAAAAAGAAACCUGUAAAUGCAAGUUUGUUUAUUGAUUUGCUGAUCACUGAUAAUUAUCUUUUAUAGUUUACUUUAAGCAAACACACAUUCAGAUUUAUAGUUUGAAUCCACAACUGAAGCCCCAUCAAAAUGUCAACAAGAAUUAAAUGAAUGCACACACAAAGUUUUAACACAGAAUGCAUCAUCCUCUAACUCCUAAAGAAUUAUUUGUAGAUCAGUAGAACAUGAUUUAUAUCUAAAUUUUAAAAAAGGCCAUUUCACAGAUUGUGUACCCAGUUUUUACCUGAGAAAUUAAAGACUGUAUAACCCAAAUUCUUUGCUUUAUUGAAGUAAAAGAAUUUGAUGUAGAAUGUAAACAUUCACUCCUCAAUCAACAGUCAAUAUAUGGAUGUUCUGUCCUUAUCAGGCGCUCAUUUACUUGACUAGACAGACAGCUAACGACGGAAUGAAUUCCUGAGGCAGAAGUGAGUUUUGAAAGUUUACUCCAAUCUUCAGAUACACAGAAUUCUUCCUUGGGAUUCGUAAAACUAAAUAAACAAACAGAAAUGUACAUAAAA